AUGACCGUUCCGCUUUCGCCGAUCCUCCGGACGGCCGUCUGGGUCGUGGCGGCUCCGCUGGGCCUCUACUUCACUUUUCUGGCCCUCGGCGCAACGCCAUUCUUCCAACGACACUUUCUGUACGCACACAAGAUCAAUACCCUGUGGUGGCGUGACGUCCACGAGCCCGAGAGAUGGGGCUUUGCAAAGGGCCAAGCCACACCCUUCUUCCUCGAGACUCCCGAUGGGGUGAGCUUGUAUGCAUGGCAUGUCAUGCCUCUGCCCCAGUACUUGAAGCAAGAGGAGAGAUUCUCAAUGCAGAAGGGUGUCUUCUGCCAUGAAUUCACCGAGACUGAGUCCUUCAAAGCUUUGAAAGAGGACCCGGAUGCCCGCGUUGUACUUUCAUUCCAUGGAAAUGCUGGGGACAUCGCGCAGAACAACCGACCUGAUAGCUAUCAUGUCAUUACUGACACCUCAUCGUACCAUGUCCUGGCAAUCGACUACCGUGGCUUCGGGCACUCAACAGGCACUCCGUCUGAAUACGGCCUCAUCCAAGAUGCCGCCACUCUGAUCGACUGGGUCAUCAACGUCGCCGGUGUGCCCUCAGAUCGCAUCGUGCUGCUAGGCCAGAGUCUCGGCACAGCAGUGACAAGCGGUGUCGCCGAGCUCUACGCCUCGCAAGGAAUCGAGUUUGGCGGCGUCAUCCUCGUCGCGGGCUUCAGCAACCUGCCCAAGAUGCUCAGUGGCUACAAGAUCGCCGGCCUGGUCCCCGUCCUGGGACCCCUGAAGAUCUGGCCCGGCUUCCUAGAGUACAUGGAGAGCUUCAUUUACGACAAGUGGCCGUCGGUGGACCGGCUGGAGAGCCUUGUCAAGCUGACCAAGAGACGGCUGCGCUUGACGCUCAUCUCAGCCAAGGAUGAUGCGGACAUCCCCUGGACGGAGAGCAACAAGCUUUUCCGGGCUGCUGCGAAUGCGACCGUUCCUGGUGGACUGAGUGACCAUUCGUUUGAGGCGUGGAAGGACGUGCGAACCAUUCACAAGGGCAAGGACGCUUUUGUGACCACGUGGAACGCGGAGCCAAAUAUCGUCAUCCGUCAAGAGCUUUUCCCACACGGCGGACACAACGAAAUCAUGGGAUACGCACCUGUCAUCCUUGCAGUCAUGCGUUCUUUCGACCUCGCCGGUACGGCGUAUGACAUGGCCGGAUCGGAUACUAGCAGUAGAACCUUAUAA